AUGUCAAAGAAAAUAAAAACUGCGAAAUGGCAAUCAGUAUCCUUAGAUGGGUUUCCAAUAUCCAUGGCUGAUAAUUUCGAUGGUUUGGUAGGUCUAGAAGAAUGUACUGAUUAUGGUACGGAUAAAGGAUCUAAAGCGACAAAAAAGAAAAGAGAGUCUAAAAAAAGAAAAGCUGAGCAAAUAUCAAUUCCCACAGAGGAAAAUUGUGUCCCAAACAAAAAAGUCAAACUAACUAAUGGUUUCACUGUAGAAUCUUGUGGUACUGUUACACCAUCAUUAACUAAUGAUGCUUUGAAAAAUAAGAAAAAUAAACAACUUAAAAGGAACAAGAAGAAAACCCCUAAAUCUAAAGAUGCUAAUGAAGUUGUAAAGAAACAAAAAGUUAAACUAGGAGAAAAUGUUAAUGAUGAAGAUUCUAAACUUACACCUGAAGAUAUGCUUUCAUGGGCAGAGUUUAAGUUACCUGAAGAGAUAAUUAAAGCCCUUAUGGAACUAGGUUUUAAACAGCCAACUAAAAUACAGCAGAUGUCAUUACCUGCUGCUAUACAUGGUAGAAGAGAUAUACUCGGAGCAGCUGAAACAGGAAGUGGUAAAACAUUAGCAUUUGGUCUUCCAAUUCUUUCUGGUAUAAUGAAACUCAAAGAAAAGGCGCAACUGAAAAAUCUUGAUGUAUAUGAUAUUCCUUUUAAAAAAUCUUCAAACAAAAAGAAAGAAAUUACUAAAACUAAGCCUAAGAAGAUAAAAAAAGGUAAAAGCAAAAAAGCACAUGUAGAGAAUUCUAAAGAAUCUUCUGAAGAUGGUUACAGCAGUGGGGAUGAAAAAGAGGAAGAUAAUAAAGAAAAUAGUUCUAAAGAAGGAAAUGGUAUUGAGACUGAUGACUUUAUAGAAGAAAUAGAAGUUCCCUUAAGAAAGAGAGAAGAGUCAAUAGACGAAGGAAAUGACAGUGAAAAUGAAUAUAUAAAGUUGUCAGAAAUGUUUGAUUCAGAUGAUCUAGCAUCUAAUGAAAGUGCCGCAGAGGAGAAAAUUGAUGAACAGGAUGGUAUUGACACAGUAGAUAAUGAUGAAUCGGGUGUUAUAGACACAGUUGAAAAGGAUAAAUCAGGUUUGGGUUGUGUCAAAGUGAUUGAUGAUAUUGAAAUGCCAAAACAGAUUAUAGUAAAAACAGGGAAGCCACUAUAUGCCUUAAUUAUAACACCUACAAGAGAAUUGGCAAUACAAAUUAGCAGACAUUUAAUUGCUGUAGCAAAAUAUACAGGUAUAAGAAUAGCAACUAUAGUAGGUGGUAUGGCAUCUGUGAAACAAGAAAGAGUUCUCCGAUCUGCACCAGAAGUGGUUGUAGCCACCCCAGGUCGGUUGUGGGAACUUUUAAAUCAGGGUGAGCCACAUUUGCAGCAGUUGCCCUCUGUUAAAUUCCUCGCGAUAGACGAAACGGAUCGAAUGAUAGAGCGAGGGCACUUUGAAGAAUUGGAACCAUUACUUGAAAGACUUAACAUGGAUGAAGCAUACAAGAAUUCCCGUCAAAACUUCGUGUUCUCAGCCACGUUAACUAUGGUUCACGAUUUGCCGUCACACAUGAAGGGAAAGAAGGUAACAAAACGUGGCAAGGUUAUAAAUCGCAAAAUAGAAAAGAUGACACCACAACAGAAGGUUAAUAGGCUGAUCAACAUGAUUGGUAUGACUGAGCCCAAGGUUGUCGACAUCACCACACAAAACUUAGGUACUGCAGAAACACUAACAGAAUGUCGUAUAGCCUGUUCACUCGACCAGAAAGACGCGUACCUGUUCUACAUAUUGAGGAGGCAUCCUGGGAGAACUAUUGUCUUCUGUAAUUCAAUUAAUAGUGUAAAGAGAUUAGUGCAAAUACUAACGUUGUUGAAAUGUCGAACACUACCGCUGCACGCCAGCAUGCCACAAAGGCAGAGGUUGAAAAAUCUUGAAAGGUUCCGCGAUGAUUCACGUGGAGUCUUGAUAGCUACAGACGUUGCUGCGCGUGGACUAGAUAUACCCAACGUGGAUCACGUAGUGCAUUACCAAGUACCAAAGACAGCUGAGAAUUACGUGCAUCGGAGCGGCAGAACAGCGCGUGCAAAUAAGGAAGGCCUGACAAUUUUGAUGAUGGAGCCUUCAGAAGCCUAUACUUACAGCAAGCUUUGUCGUACGCUUAACAAGACUACGGAACUAGCAAACUUCCCAGUGCCAACCUCUAGCAUAACAGUACUCAAAGAGAUGAUAAACCUGGCUCGUGACAUCGAAGUGUUGGAGCUGCGCAGGCGACGCACAGCGCAGGCGAUCGGUUGGCGCGAAAAGGCCGCUAAAGAGAUGGACAUGAUCAUCGAUGAAGAUGAUGUUCCAGUAAAGCAAGCCGAUCCCAAGUUGGACAAGGAAUUGAAUGCCAAGAAGCGAAGGCUGGAGACAAUGUUGGCUCAACCGGUGUUCCCUAAAGGUUUCUCGUAUAAAUAUCCAACAUUGAACGACACCACUUCUUUGCAGACUGUGAGCGAAGAAAAUGCAUUACAGGUUAUGAAAAAGGCGUUAGAAACAGGUGAGCUAAAGAAGGAGAAGAGGAAAGGAAAGAACGAACCGUUGUUGCAAUUAGAAAAAGCUUUUAAGAAGUAA